CUGCGGAGCUCAGGUGAGCACAGCGCGGCUCCAGCAUGUCCAAGUCCGGCCGUCUGCCCUCUGAAAGCUCGCUUCCUCGUCUGGACAGCGACGAUGCGGACUCGCAGUGCUCCGACGACCUGAUGGGCUCCCAGUCCCGGCUGUGGCUGAUGAACAUGGGGGCCCUGGGGAUCCCGCUGGAUGGCGGAGAGGUGGACACGGUGGGCCACGACGGGCUGUGCGUGGACUACCACUUCCCGGUGGGAAGGCUGGAGAUGAUGGAGGCCGGAGUCAGAUGGAUGCGACCAAAGGAGCUUUGUUCUUCGCCCAAGUUCAUCGUGGACGGAGCUUCACGGCUCGACAUCUGCCAGGGGAAACUCAGUGACUGCUGGGUGCUCUCCGCCAUAGCAUCUCUGGCGAAUCACCCUGAACUCCUGAAGAAGGUCGUUCCUCUCAAUCAGAGCUUCCAGGACGGCUACAAAGGCAGGUUCUCCUUCAGAUUCUGGCAGUAUGGGCAGUGGGAGGAGGUGAGGAUUGACGACUUGCUGCCAACGUCCAGCAACAAGCUGAUCUACCUCAGCUCCCCCGAAAAGAACGAGUUCUGGAGCUCUCUGCUGGAAAAGGCCUACGCAAAGCUGAAAGGCGGCUACAGAGCGCUGGAACUGGGUCACCCUCAUGAGGCCAUGGUGGACAUGACCGGCGGAGUGACUGAGGUCUUCAGCCUCCCCUUGGUGUCCAAAGACCUGCCGGAGCUCCUCAGGAGCCUGCUGGCCAAAGGAGCGCUCAUCAACUGUGCCAACAGCAAGGGUGAGCUGGGGAAGAAGAAUGAGAUGGGAAUCAUGUACCGACAUGCCUACUCCCUGACUGCGGUGGAGAAGGUGAAAACAACUGAUGGGUUUAAAGAUUUGGUGCGAAUCCUUAAUCCAUGGGGCCACACGGAGUGGGAAGGGCCCUGGAGCGACUACGACGGGAUCGAGUGGACGAAGGUGAGCGCUGAGGAGCAGAAACGACUGGGACGGGUCCGGCAGCGGGACGGGGAGUUCUGGAUGUCGGUGUCAGACUUCCAGCUGCACUUUGACGCGAUGGAGGUGUGUCACCUGACGGAGGCGCAGAGCGCGCCCGGCUCUGACGUGUCGCCGUGGAAGUGCGUCAUGCAUCACGGAGCCUGGAUGCCGAACAUCACAGCUGGAGGACAUCCUGAAAGCAACUUCUUCUGGCAGAAUCCCCAGUUCCUUUUGGUUCUGUCGGAGGUGGACAGAAACAGCCAAAAAGGCUGCUCCUUUGUUGUGGCCGUCAUGCAGAAAUAUCAGAGACGCCGAGGCAUUAAUCUCGCUGUGGGCCUGCAUAUAUACCCGGCUCAUCCUCAGAACAACUUCCUGUCAGCGGAGGAUCUGCGGAAAGGCUUCCUCUGCUGGACGCACUACUCGACGUGGCCGGAGGUCGUCCUCCGCACCUCGCUCCCUCCGGGUCGCUACAUCAUCAUCCCCUCGACCUCUGAACCCAACCAGCAGGGGGAGUUCCUGCUCAGGGUUCUGACGGAGCCGGGCAGCGACGCCACUCCGGCUCACAAGCCGACGCCGCUCGACGUUUUGUCGAAGAGAGAGCGUUCGUUUCCUCACCAGGCGGCGCUGCCAUCAGACGCAGCCAUCAGAAAGCUUUUCCAGCGGCACAGCAACCAGGAGGGUUUGUGUAAACCUGUGCGGCUGCAGCGGCUGCUGACCGAGGCGCUGCAGGAUGGAGUGUUGGCAGGAAGUGAGCGGUACCUUUCUCUGGAGCACUGCAAGAGCCUGGUGGUCCUGAUGGACAGCCAAGGCAAAGCGAAGCUGAACUGGUCCGACUUCCAGCUGCUGUGGGACAAAAUCAGGAAGUGGACGGAUAUCUUCCUGGUCCAUGACACGAAUAAAACUCACCACCUGGAGUACAAAGAGGUCGAACCGGCCCUGAAGGCAGCAGGCAUCAUGGUGAAUGAUCUGGUGAUGCAGCUGGUGGGACUGAGAUACACGGAGAGCGACCUGACCAUCAGCUACCCCGGCUUCCUGUUCCUGCUCAUGAAGAUGGAGAGCAUGAUCCACAAAUUUCAAGUUCAUGACGUAAUGGGACUCGGAACCAUAACAAUCAGCUACACACAGUGGCUCCACAUGACCCUGUACAACUGAGGCGGACCCGCUGCACCCGGAUCCACUUCGUUUCGCUUCCUUUUCAUUUUAUUCUCCCACAUGUGAAACUUUUAUUCUCCGUGAUCAGAAUCUGCUCAUUUAGAUCUUUGGAAGAAAUUUUAAAUUUCAUUUAUUACCAAUUUAAUCCAAUUUUAAGCAUCGAAUGUUGAGUCUGGUGAAAAUAUUUCAAUAAUUAAUAAAUUCAGCUUUUAUUGAUUA